AUGGCGUCUGGAAACGAAGUUAGAAGUUUUAUUAGAGGUAAUAUUGUGAGAAAUAAAGCUGUUCUUAGUUCAUUACAAUCGUAUAAGCUCAAAGAAAAUUUAAGUGUUCUUGAAGACAAGAAAGUUUCGUCAGGCUCUCAACUCAGGGAACAUCUACGAGGGCUUCGCGCCAUUCUGGACUGUUUGCUUGCAAAUGUGGCAUGUAGUGAUGGGUCAACACGAGUGGCAAGUUAUAUUGAAUUUGAAGAAGCAUAUCAGCUGUUCUUGGGUUAUUGUACCUUUGGAAGUACAAACAUCAAAGACACAGAUAAAAAGAAACAUUUCAAAGAAAUGCUUCUGCAUCCAAACUAUGGCCUUUGUGUUUAUCUUGUUGAUACUUUAAAAGGAAAUCUGUUUGUAAUUCUAAGAUCCGAUGACGUUGAUCUGGAAGAUUUUUACUUACAUCUAUAUGAACGUGGUAUUGGUAUUCCAGCCAGCCGAUUUGUUUUGGAUAAGGAAACUGUCCAAGCAUUGUAUCAAGCCCUUGAUACAGAAUGGGAUAAGAAAAUAUUACGAGUUAUUCUUGGAGCAACAAGGACAAGGGCUGAAGUAGAUGCUCUAGGUAUAGACAGUGAUUCCCUUUUUCAGGAUAAACAAUGCGUUUUUGGUUACUUAGAUCAUCUAGAAGAAAUUGAGAAAGAAGCAGCAUCUGCAGUGGCACAGGAGAUUGACAAGCGAAUAGAAAAGAAAGAAAAUCUACUUUAUUCAAAAAAGAAGCUGCUCAACUCUAAAGAAGGGCUUUGGUCCAGAACACAAAUUGAAGAGGAAAGUGAAAAUAUUGAGGACCUAAAGAACGUAGUUGAUUCUCUCAAAAAGUUAAAAGAAGAAGAAGAAUCAGUUCCAAAAAAGCGUAUGCUAAAUCGUUGCAAAAUGAACAUUAUUAGAGACAGGAGGCUGAAGUUAAGAAAACUUGGUAGUGGUCGCAAGAGGAGCAUGGAUGAGAUUGAUGAGCAAUUUCUUGUAUAA